GUGCUAUUUUACGUUGAUGUGAGUGGGGGAACGACUUGCAAAUGCUCCUCUUUCAUAUGAUGCUAAGUUUCCGAUGCUACUCCCUAAAAGCUCGCAAUUGUCAUGCUGGCCCGAGAGCGCUCGUUCGUCGGCCGUCGAGGAGUCCCGCAGACCGUCCAUUGCGACAACGCCACGAACUUCGUCGGAGCAAGUCGGGAUUUGCGGACUCAGGCAGGUGUGAAGUCCGCAAAGCACCUACUUCUACGGACGGUAGGCAGCCUGCUGUUGACGUCAGAAGAGCUGCAAACGAUGCUGGUCACGGUGAAGGCCGUGCUCAAUUCGAGGCCAAUCGGAGCUCUCAGCGACGACCCCAGCGACGGAGUGGCGCCAACUCCGGGCCUCCUGCUAGUUGGAAGAAACACUAGCAGCAGAGCGCGCCCCGGACCAGCUUAAAUUGAUGGCGAGCUGUCUCGUCGCUCAAGAAAAAGUUCUGGCGGCGAUGGUCCAAUGAGUAUG